GGUCAACUCAUGGACCACCCAGAGCCGUUCUUGGAGAUUGUGGACGUAUUGUGGAGCGCAAUGAAUUCCGAGCAGCAAACAGAUACCCCCCCUCCCUACGUCCUACCAGUGUACACAGGCGGAGGAGGUGGUUCAGGCGGUCUCGAUUCUUCAGAGGGCAAAAGGAGGUUCGUGAGCUACGAAACGCCGCUGGGGUCUUCUCCUGGCAUGACGACCUGCACUUCCUGCCAGCAGCAGGUCAUGACCAACGUCACCUACAAAGCAGGGACGUACGCCUGGCUGAUGUGCUUACUCUUCAUCUGCUGCGGGUUAGCCUGUGGCUGCUUCCUGAUCCCAUUAUUUGUGAAACACUUCAAGGAUGCAUACCACACGUGCCCCCGCUGUAACAGAGUCCUGCAUGUUGAGAAGAAAAAAUGCUGUAAAUGACGAGCCUGAGGGCCAGAAGUGGACCCAUAGAAAUACGAAAAAACAUUCUGUCACUAUUGUCUGCGUUUUGGGAUGUAGCUUAUUUCUAUGGAUGAAGCAUCUUAUUGUUUGCAAACAGAUUGUGUUUUUAGUGAUUUAAUAUCAUGUGCACGUUUUUUUAAAAAUCAAGUGCACCCCAUGCACUUUUUUGGAAGCCAUUUUAUUUUUGUCCCAUUCCAGCAGGAAAAAAAAGUUUCCCUGUUAUCUUUCUCAGAAACUUCUGCAUACAUCGCGUUGUUAAAAUGAAGGCUGUAAAUAACUGUAACCAAAUUAACUAGUUAGCUAAUUCUAAGAUUUAAACAGACCAAACGAGCAAAUACAAUGUUAAAAAAAUUUAACCAGAACAUUGGGCACAACCUAGACACACAGUUAUUGCACAAUAAACCUGUGUUGGCACUGUUUUGCCACACUCAGUAAUAAAAUUAGAUCAUUUUUUGUGUUAUAUCUGUAUGUCGUAAGCCAUUUUAUAUGAAGGGAUGAAGGGAAAUCUGAGUGAGCCUGAAGUUCAAAGAAAAGCUUAUAUAUUAUAUAACAGCAGCCGGCUGUAGAUGUAAUGUUGAAUUUAUCUUAAACCAAUGCAUGAAUAUUUACUUUCAAACAAAGACGUGACGCAGAAGUCCAUCAAAAUGCAAAGGACAAUGCAAAAAUCAGAGUAACACUUGACUAUGAUGUGACAUCAUCACCAGCUGGUGGUGCCACUGAUCGAGACACUUGAAAGUGUGAGUUGGAAGAUUUAGAGGUGCAAUAUGUAAGAAGUAGCUGCCUGUUGAAUUCAAAUGCAAACCAACAGCAUAUCACCAGAGCAACUGCUAACUGCUGCUAAGUGUUAGCUUGUUAGCUGCACAGGUAGCAGUCUGUACUGGGAGCUUGGAGACUCGGGGUUAGUGUUCACACCACUAGGACAGGAGCUUUGGGCUGGGACAGGCCGGAGCUAGCUGGCUAGCAUGCUAACUUCAGUAGAUAUCUCCGCCAAGCAAUAUACAGACUGUCGGAACUGUUAUUUCGUCCAGUUUUGUUGAUCAUUUUUACAUAUUGCUCCUUCAAAAUACAUUUUUGACCAUGUCUGCAUAAAGCAGCCUUUCAACAUAUUUUUGUUUGAUUGCAUUUUUUCUUUAGCCAAUAACGUUCAUGUCAGUGUUUCAUAAUGUUGUUGUUUAUCUCUGCUCACACUGUCCCCUGGACCAGGUAAACCAGAUAUGCUUGGACCCUGUUAUAUACUAUUAUUAUCUAUUUUGUUACGUUAUUUCUUCAGUAAAAGUAGACUUAAUAUAUAGCACCCUGAUGUGUUUAUGUUGUCUUUUUCCUUGACCUGCUUUACAGAGGUCAGAGGUCGGGGCCAACCAUCCGACCUGUUGGUUAAGUUGGUGUAUUGUUUCCACAAGACACUGAGUUUUAAGCGUGCUGUAAAAUUGUACAGCAUGUGCCUUCGAGAUGUAGAGAAGUAGGAGUAUAAAGUAAACUAAGGGACCUUGUGUGAGACUGAUUUGGUCACUGAUGUGUUCAUGGUCAGGAGUGAACUUUAAACCACAGCUGGUUCCUGCAAUUUGUUAUAUAAUAGAGCAAGAAUGGCAGAGCUGUGACAGUUAAUCCUGCAUUAAAUUAUAUUUUUAGCCCUGCUAGUAGCAUGACUUUGCUCUCGACUGAGACGAAUUGUUCUGAAUUGUAGUUCCUCUCAGAAUGAACUGUAAUAACUUCUGGGCUUGUGUUGUAUCAGGGUAUAUCAGUGCAUUGCCAUUUUUAAAAGUGCAAAUAUGUAAGAAUGUGAAGAAAUGAGACUUUUUACAGUAUGUCAGAAGUCUUUGUAUUGUCUUGACUUUCACAAAUGUAAUGCAUUUUACCUGCUUCACUUUUGUAUUCUGUGACAAAGAAGUGUAACAGGCAUUCACUUUAGACUUGGCCAGGCUCACAGUUUCCCUACAUCGUCCACCUUUUAUGUUAACUGCCCUGGACCUCUAAUUUGAAUGAGCGGACAUGUGAGUGGGUUCCAACUCUCCACCAAACAACUAUUUGGCAUUGUAUUUCCCCCAACGUGUCCAACUAAUCCUCUUAACAGUGUUUUGGAUUCGAGCACUCGCACAAGCAGCAGUGUUUUUGUUUUUAUAGAAAAUUUUAUUCAACAUACAUUUCCAGCAAAAAGGCAAUAUACAGGAAUAGUUGUCGUACACUGCUGCUACACUGAGGAUUUUAAACUGGAAAAGAUCAAAUUAAGGUGUGAUUCUGCAGGUCAUCUUUGUACUGCACUUUUUAACAAGACAAAACCAAUGCAGUUAGUUUUGAAAAGAAAAAAAAAAAAAUCCAAAUGUAACAGAAGAAAAUCGUCAAUGGUACAUCAGGAACGCAAAGAAAAAGAGAAAACCCUACACACAAGAAAUAUGGACACCUGGCUCCUUCUGUACCCAACAACAAAGGCGUGUGUUUCUCUUUAAUUUUACACGUUCAUAUUUUUAAAUAUACAAUUCUUAAAUGUUGUCUUUACAGAGCCAGCUAUGCGCUAUUAGGGGAGCAUUCCAUCUGUGCUUUAAAGGAACAAAACCAAAAUCCAAAACCAAAACAAAAAAAAGGGCUUUAAAGUGUUUCUUACAAUGCUGGUUUUGUCUCUACACAUUCCUCAAACCUGUGGGGCUCGAAGUUGUCUGCAGCUCCCUACCAAGCAUAGCGCAGUUACCGCUCCCAAUCACCUGGAGGCGACAGUUUCAAUCAAGAGAGAAGAUGACGAAGCUCGUGUGUGUUUGCGUUCAGAGGAGGAAUGACUGAGAAAGACAUUGGACCCCCCCCCCCCCCGGAAAACAAAAAAC